AUGCCACCGAAACGACGUGCUAAUGAUGCCGAUGAUGAUUCUAAGAAGUCACCUAAUGAGAGAUGGCCAGGCUUGCGAGACCGAUCCAAGUUGAAGACGACAGCCCGCAACGACGACACCGCCCAACCCUCCUCGUCUCCAAUCAACAAUUCCACAGCGUCCAAUGCCAUCCAGCAGGACAAUGCCCAAACUGAGGCAGAAAGUACUGCAGCACCAAUCAAUAAAAUACAAGAAGAAAUCGAGAAAAAGCAAAAGUCUCUUCAAUACAAACUCCAGAAAGCAAGAGAGGCUGCAGAGGACAAGGGCCAACAAGACAAUGCAGACAAACGCUCACGGGCACAUCUUAAGCGUCGUGACGCCACCUUAGCGUAUGAAGACUACCUAUAUUAUCAAACACCAGAGUACAGGAAGCAAUACCGCGAAGAUGUCGAUGCGGCCGUCAAGGAAAGAGCCAAACUAGCUUUUUCUCAAGGCCAUGCCCCUGCAAAAUUGACGGGCGACGAAACUUACGACAACAAACUAAGGAGCGACCUCAGGGCCUUCGAGGAAAACGGGGUAGGUAUGCUCCAGAAUAUGAAUUGGCGAAGCAUGCCGCCCGAUCAGCUACGUAUGCGUAUUCCAAGGGCGAAGAACUUUUCCGUGGGACUAGGAGAGCUUUUUGGGAUGACGCAGGUGCCGAUGGAACCUUACAACUUAUUACUCGAUACCGAUGCUAUUGAAAAGAAAAGAAGGGAGGUGGAAGACCGGAACAACGAUCCAGAUAUGAGCGAAUCUCAUUCCGAACGACGGGCACGCGAGUUAGGGCUUUCGGAAAGACCACCGACAGAUGGUCAUGUCAAUGACGCUUUAUCAACAGCCAGAGAUCUUCGUAGGACACGAUUAGAAAGCGGCUUGUUUAUCUCAGCGGGCGAGACAUGGGCCGACUGGAACAAUUCUGACGAGCGAGAAGCACCGAAUGAUCUUUACGAUCAAUUGACCAUAGACGAGACGCCAGAUGACGGCGAUGACUCUAGUGACGACGAAAACGACUUGUUUGCGAUCAGUUACCGCGAAUGCAGUGGUCUGGCAGGUUUUCCCCGUGCUGGGGAGGGUGUCGGAGGCGGAGGCAGUGGUGAAGAUAAUGAAGGUGAUGAUGGCGGCGAUGGUAACAAGAGGAACAAGAAAGACACCAAUGAUCCAGUAGCACCAGCCAACGUUGCUCGUGGCCCACCCAUUGGGCCCAAAGCUCGACCCAAGGCGACAAACAAGAACACCGAGAAACAUGACUACACGCAAUACAAUCGCGUGCAACUGCGUACAGCUUUGAAGUAUCGAGAGCAAGCUCAGAGUGCUAAGCUGAUAGGGGAGCUUCACAGGCGUGCUGGUGAAUACGACGAGAAGAAAGCACCUGAUGCUAUUCAUCACUAUAUCCUCGAAGAUCGAAAAGCCGCAAAUAAGCUUCUUCUCAAAAUUACAGGAAUGGGUGCUGAGUGGUGGACUGCCUAUAAAGAAGCACUCGAUGAGCAAAAGCAUCAAGCUGGAGAGUCUGGGCGGGAACAGGAGGCCAGUUCAGAGGGAUUAGACGAGCACAAUACGGAAACAGAUCAGACUGGCGAACAAGUAAGUGCUGAUAUAUCAGAAGAGGAUUCUCCCGAGUCAAAUGGAAAGGACAAAUCCAAGAAGCCAUUUAAAUCUACGAAGAAAAAGCAGGCAACGCGGCCAAAACGUAAGAGCAAGAAGUAG